CCUCGAAGCUCCUCGGGGGUUUUCUGUUUGUUUGGGAGCGCGCAAACCGCUGCCCUCGCUCGUCCGGUUCUCGCGCGAGUCCAUCAGGCCACGCCCACCUUGUCACCUGACGAUACGUGGGUCAGGUGAGACCCGCGCCGCCAUGUUUAUCACCUGUCAGCGCCAGGGUACCUCCUGGGACGUUUGGCGCUGACCUACCUCAACUGAAAACCAUGACAAAAACUUGCUCGGGGUCGCCGCAAGUUGCGGCAAAAGCGAACGAGUUUUGGGGGGUUAGUUUUUGCUUUCAAGAAAAAUCCAAUUAAAAUGGAUCUCGGGGAACCUCAGGAAGAUAAAUGGAGUGCAUGGGAUCGCGAGACUACCUUGUGACGUCAUGGUUCAAAUGACAGAUCAGUCAACAACUAGUAGCGGACAAUCAGAAAUGCAUAAAAGUGACACGGCGGCCAUGUUUGGGGCUAACCGGAAGAAGUUCAUGGAGGCGGGGCUGGAGGGCGACUACGCGGCGGCGGCCGACGAGUCGGGCGGCCUCUACUACAGCCAGCCGUCCGUCUUCCCGCCGCACCGUGCCGACAAAGACAUCAUGACCUCAUCCUCCGCCUCGUCCCCGGGACAGCUGUCGCAGCUGGGAGCCAGUCUCUACGGACCUCAGAGUGCGCUCGGCUUCCCCACGCGGGGCAUCAACAGCAGCGCGGCGCCAGUGCCGCAGAGUCGAAGCGCGCUCAGUCAGUCGGCCGCCGCACAGCUGAGCGGUCUCGCCGGCGGCGCCCCCGCCAUGCACACGCCACCCUCGCCGAGCAGGGGGAUCCUGCCCUUGAACAGCCGCGGCGUCCUCAACCACAACCAGCAGGUGGGCGGCCCCGCGGGCCAGCCCGUCGGGAUUGGAGGAGAACGAGGGGGCGGGGCCGGGGGGAGGAGUCCCGGCGGGUCCUCGCCCAGCAUCAUCGGAAUGCCCAAACAGUCGCGGCAAGCCUUCACCAUCAACAGCAUGUCAGGUUUCGGCGUAAGCAGGAAUCCCGGAUUCAACAUCUUCAACGGCACAGACGGCAGCGAGAACGUGACGGGCCUGGACCUGUCCGAUUUCCCGGCCCUGGCCGACCGCAGCCGCAGGGACGGAGGCGCCAACCCGGCGCCGCUGCUCAACCCGCUGGCCGGGCGGGCGCCCUACGUGGGCAUGGUCACCAAGCCGUCCGGUGAGCAGCCGCAAGACUUCUCCAUCCACAACGAGGAUUUCCCAGCACUGCCGGGCCCAAAUUACCAGACCAAAGACCCCAGCGGCACCGGCGACGACGGCAAAACGGUGACGCGCAUGCACACGCGCGCGCGAUGCGUCCGGCGACGCGCGACUUCCUGGCAGCUGACUCUCAUCUCCGCCACGCAGAACCUCAGCUCUUCAGGUAAGCCCGCCUCCAACUCAGAUGGUCCAAAGUUUCCGGGUGACAAAAGUUGUGUGUCGGCGAGCAGCAACAACCAGCACAAGAAAGGAAUCCAGGUGCUCCCUGACGGGCGCGUGACCAACAUCCCGAUGGGAAUGGUAACGGACCAGUUCGGCAUGAUCGGCCUGCUGACGUUCAUCCGGGCGGCCGAGACGGACCCCGGCAUGGUGCACCUGGCUCUGGGCUCCGACCUCACCACGCUGGGCCUCAACCUCAACUCUCCCGAGAACCUCUACCCCAAGUUUGCGUCUCCGUGGGCGUCGGCGCCGUGUCGGCCGCAGGACAUCGACUUUCACGUACCGUCGGAAUACUUGACCAACAUCCACAUCCGGGACAAGCUGGCCGCCAUCAAGCUGUCUCGCUACGCUUCAACAGGGACUGGCGUUACCACAAGGAGGAGCGCGUGUGGAUCACGCGGGCGCCCGGCAUGGAGCCGUCGCUCAAGACAAACGCCUACGAGAGGGGAACGUACUACUUCUUUGACUGCCUCAACUGGAGGAAGGUUGCCAAGGAGUUCCACCUGGAAUACGAUAAACUGGAAGAGCGACCUCACGUUCCCUCCACUUUCAACUACAACCCCGCCCAGCAGGCCUUCUGAUUGGCCGCCCGCCCCGCCCCGGCCCGCCGUUCCUGCCAGUGCCCGUCUGGCAAACGGGACGCCUGCGUUUGAACUUGCAUUUUCUUACCUGAUCCCACCGGCGGCUCUUGCUCUCCCCCGACGGGGCAUCUGCCUCUCAGGAACAGCGAAUGGACUUUGUAGCACCCUUUGACAAUAAAAGACAAAUGUAAGUACCAA